UUACCCGCAGAGCACAGGUGUGCAUUACACAGCGCCCGGCCAACAGAAAGCGCAAAAUAAAAUACAAUGCAAUAAACCUGCGCUUUACUAGAGAGUAGAGGGCAGCUUUACCUAGACCGCUGCACAGGGAGGGCGAGUCAGAGCGUGUGUGAGACAGAGAGGCAGGCAGCGUUUCAGCGAAGGACAAAGUCCGCUGUGGCGUGUGCCAGUGCGGCUGGUGACAUAGUAAGACACUUCGCUUAGGCUUAGUCCGAGUCCCAGAGAGAGGAAUGGCGCAGAGAGAGUGAAUGAAAAGUUUACACAAGGGGCGAAUACAAGGAAAAAAGAGUAUCGCGUUCUGUUUGCUGUUGGAUGCCUUUAAACACCAUGAGUCACUCAGGGUUCCUGAACGGGCGUGCAGAUGGGCUGGCUCGCUCAGACAGCACGGCGAACAAACUCAGCGCCAAAGCUUUGUAUGAACAGAGGAAGAAGUAUUCACACUCUAAUGUCAUCAUGCAGGAGACAUCUCAGUACCAUGUGGAGCAUCUGUCCACCUUCAUGAUGGACAAGAGCGAGUCUAUCACCACUGUUGACGAUGCCAUUAAGAAGCUGAUCCUACUGGACUCCAAGCAGAAGAUCUGGGCCCAGGAGAUGCUGCUGCAGGUCACUAACACAGCCAUCCGCCUGCUGGACUGCGAGACGCAGGAGGAGCUGGAGAACUUCCCCCUUCCCACAGUGCACCUGUGCCAGACAGUGCUGAACCAGACGAGCUACUCCUCUGUGCUGCUGCUCAUGUGCCAGGAGGAGUCUGAGCAGCACAAGCCAGACAUCCACUUCUUCCACUGUGACGAGGUGGAGGCUGAGAUGGUCCACGCUGACAUUGACAGUGCAAUCGGAGACAGCAAGCACGGCAAGAAGAUGAGACCACAGACCCUCAAGAUGAACCAGGAGAAGAUGAAGCGUCACCGCGAGUCCAUCAUCCCUCCAGGUGUCUCUCGUGCGCCCCCUAGUGGCUACAUGAAGGGCCGCGCCUCCGCGCUCAUGUCCAGCUCCAAAGAUCUCGAGAGGAGAGGCUCCAGCACCCAGGAACACGAGGAGUCUUACAAAGUGCUGACUCAGAGGAUUGAGAAAGAUGUGCAAAUCCUGAACUACGCGCUCGACGACAUCGAGGUGUUCGUGGCGCGGCUGCAGAAAGCCGCCGAGGCGUUCAACCAGCUGUUAACACAGACAUUUAGCUUCGAAGACACCCUGGUUCGUGGUCGCGUCUGCAGAAAGCUGUUCUUCUUGUUCAACCAGCUCUUCCCAGACGUCAAUGUCCGGUACAAGAAGAACAAGAAUAAGAAAUGGGCUCCCUCUACUCCUCCCUCUGGGAGCGAGGAGGCUAUAGGGGGAGAGGGGGGAGAGAGGGACAAGGAGAGAGGGGCUCGUCUGGAGGACAAGGAGAAGCAGGGGGAGAUGGGUCCUGAGACAAAGGGAAUGCUGACUCUCAGGGCGACGCCUCCAUCUCAUGCUGAGUUCACAGACAGUCUGCAGAAGAUCAAGCUGGCCUUCAACCUGCUGGCCAAGCUGAAGAAGCACAUUCAGAACCCCAGCGCUGCCGAGCUCGUCCACUUCCUCUUCGGACCCCUGGAGCUGGUGCUGCAGAGCAGUGGGGGUCCCGAGCUGCCCCGCUCCAUCCUCAGCCCCCUGCUGUCCAAAGACGCCGUGGACUUCCUGCGAGGACACCUGUCCCACAAGGAGAUGAGCGUGUACGAACUGCUGGGGGACACCUGGACUCGCUCGCGGGCGGAGUGGCCGCGGGACCAGAUCGUGCCGCACUACUAUCCCAAGUUCCGGAACGGCUGGGAGGCGCCGCUGGAGAACUUCCGCAACGUUCCCUGGGAGCUGGAAGAGGGGCAGCAGACGCCCCCGAGCCUGGCUGAGCACCAGCACUGGCAGUCUGAAGAGCAGCCGACGGCGCAGUCCUAUCCACCCUCCAAUGGAAAUUAUGAGGCGCCGCAGAAGAAAUACGUCAAGAUCCGUUACCGCUUCGUAGCGCGGAAUGCAAAUGAACUGUCUGUAAUGGAGGACGAGGUGCUGGAGGUGGUGGAGGAUAACAAGCAGUGGUGGAAGCUGCUGAACAGGAGUGGAGGGUCGGGGUACGUGCCUUACAACAUCCUGGACGUGGUGAAGCUGGAGGAACCCCAGGGGCAGCCUGAGCCCCUCUACAGCCAGCCAAACCAGCGCUACAAGGGGGACAUGAGCUCGUGGGGAGAGGGUCCCAAGAACCCGCGAGGAGGGGGUCCCAAGAGUCCGCGAGGAGGGGGUCCCAUGAGCCCGAUCAACUGCCAGGGAGGGGGACAAGAGAGCUUCGAGAUGGGGGGUCCCAUGCUCUCCCCAAGGAAUAAAGAUCAGCGUAUACACCAGAUGGAUGAGUUGAAUGACGAACUCCUCCAGAGGAUCACCACCAACAAGACUCAGCUUCCAGUGCGGAGCUUCAAGGUGGAGCGCGCUCAGAGCGCCUUUGUGCCACUGAACUUCGACUCGGGGGCGGAGCAAGUGAAGGCCUGGCUGGACGCUAAGAACUUCUCCAAACCGAGUCUGGGGAUCCUGACCGGCGCUCAGCUCUUCUCCCUCAAUAAGGAGGAGCUCAAGGUGGUGUGUGGAGAUGAGGGCUCGCGGGUCUACAGCCAGAUCACCGUGCAGAAAGCACAGCUGGAGAAGAGCCAGGGUGACUCUGAACUUCAGGAGAUCAUGAGGAGGAGACAGGAGAAGAUCACGUCAACCAGCCAUGAAUAAGAAACACUGUCCAACUGCAGCUCAUAUAAUCCAAAUACAAAACAACCUGGUGACUGGCUGACAAAAUCAGAUAGCAACAAACAAACACACAGAUUGCUACUGAGAGCAGUGAUGUGGUAGCAAUCCUGUCCUGCCACAGCUAGUACAUCACUGCUGUCAGAAUAGGAGGAGGAGAGAACAUACACAAUUAUACAAGGUGUAGAUCCAUCUGUACAACUAAUCUGACAAAAUGCCAUACACGGAUACAAUUAUAUUAUGCAAUUCAUUAAUUUUCCAGGUUUCAGAAGUUCAGAAUAGUGAUGCUGCUGCUGUGUUUUUGAUUUGUGCUUUUUUUUUUAAUGCUUCAUGAAUAUAUUAAUAUAUUAACACAUUGCUUUUAUGAAAUGAUAAUAAAGA